CUGACUCUCUUGACAGGAGAGCUGGGAGCGAGGGGUGGCACGAGGCUCCCACCAGUCGUGUUUUGCAAUGCCGAACCCAUGAGGUCAUCCACUUCCCGCUCACAAUGCGGCCUGUAUGCGGAAAGCAGAGGGGCUCCAUGCACAGUGUACAGGGGGGGAAAUGAGAAGUGAAUACAGCAUAGAUACAGCAUGGGACUCAAACAGACCUUUGUCAGAGGCUUUUGGUACGGUAGGUAGAGAUGGUUCAAGAGAGAAAAUGAAAACAACCUCAUGAACAACAAGAAACUUUUUGGGAAGUUUGAAAGUUCUUAUGUGGAGUUUUUUUUGCCUAUGAUUUGAUGCCAGACGUGUGCCUUAUCUGCGAUUCUGUAUGUCAAUGUGCUGCCCUCACUCAAAGACAAAGCAGACAACACACAGACGAUAUGUUGAUCCGCAUUCCUCAAGGCCUGAGUCUUUGUUGCGGUCUGUGGGGGAGGAAAGCGGAAUGGUGGGGAGAGGAGGAGGAAGAGGAGGAGGAGGUGAGGAGGUGGAGUUUCGUUUUUGUGUGGGAAAGGCAUCAAAGCCCCAAGAGGGGGAAAGCGAAUCCUUGUUCUAAGAAGCACUGCCGGUGAUUGCCAAGUUCCUGAGGCACAUACAAUGGCCCGCAAACAUCCAUGCACGAUGGGAACAGCACGUUCCCACCACCGAGCUCUGCCGCAUACCCUGAAUUCCCCAGCUCAGAGCAUAUUGGGCCCUGGCUUGUUAUGAUGACGCCCUUGUUAUGAUCCAGUGAGCUUACAGCUGUAGCCUUAUUACAUAUGCUUCAGGCCAAAACAGAACCGCCCCAGUGUAACCCAAGUUCAAGUCCUAAGCAGAGACUCUCUCUUUUUCUUUUUUUUCUUUUUCUCUUGGCAGAGAGGGUACAUAAUUGUAUGAAUAAUGAUUAAUGGAGCAAUGAUGAUGAUUAAUGUUUACUGCGAUCAAAGAAAUGAUUGCAUCAGCAAUAAAAAAAAGUCUUCUCUCGUUGCCAACAAGACUGUAGAAUGUCACCAGCUUUGCAAUGCUCUGCAUGCCUUUUUUAAACUGCCUUCUGUGUCUGUGUUUUUUUUAAGCAAAGUGAGGGCUCAUUUAGCUUCAAAGCGCCGGAAACACGGUGUCUGUGGUUCCUGAAUAUAGGUCACCUUCUCUCUGCUCCUUUCUCAGAUGGCGGAUCAGCUGGUGAUGGGUGAUGAGGAUGAGGAGAAUGUGACACAGAUGUAAAUAUUCAAGAAUGAGUUUAGCGCUCAGCCGUGCACCCCGAAAGACAGCGGGGAAUCGCAUGUCCAAACUCCUGGACGCAGAAGAGGAGGAUGACUUCUACAAGACUACCUAUGGUGGCUUCAAUGAUGAAUCAGGAGAUGAUGAGUAUAAAGGGGAUUUGACUGACACAGAGGACGAGGUGGACAGUGAUUUCGAUAUUGACGAGGGCGAGGAGCCGAGCAGUGAGCAAGAGGAGGAUGGGCCACGGAGGAAGACUAGGGUGGUCACCAAGGCGUAUAAGGAGCCAAUCAAGGCAGUGAAACCCAAGGUAAAGCCCAAGAGGCAAGCAGAGCCGCCCAGGAAGAUAGCCAAGGCAAAGCCUGACAAGCACAAGGCCUUCGAGCCCCAGGAGGACCUCACCAAGAACAGGAAGUCCGUGCGUCAGUCCACUACGGAGCACACGCGGCUGACGUACCUUCGGCUGCAGGAGAGGCAGAUAGCGCCGCGGCGGAGGAAAGGGGCGCGUCACGAGCGACCCCUGACCCAGGAAGAGCUGCUGGCCGAGGCCAAGAUCACGGCAGAGAUCAACCUCCGGUCGCUGGAGAACUAUGAGCGUCUGGAGGCCGAUAAGAAGAAGCAGGUCCAUAAGAAGCACCAGUGCACCGGGCCCAGCAUCCGCUACCACUCCGUACUCAUGCCCCUGCUCUCCAGCCCAGCGCUGAAGGAGGAGAACGUGGACGUCGAAGGCCUGGACCAGGACACCCAGUGUGUGGCUCCUAUCCCUUCCCAGUCCGAGCCCUCCUCCCUGGGGGGCACCCAGCAGCAGCAGCACCACCCUCCUGGAGGCAAGUGCUCCCGCACGUACAUCACCUUCAGCGAUGACGCCACCUUUCAGUCCUGCUUCCCGCGAAUGCCCCGCCCUCAGAUCCCCAUGCAGGAGGUGUGCCCCGUCACCCACAGGCCAGCGCUGUACCGCGACCCCAUCACCGACAUCCCUUACGCCAACCUGCGCGCCUUCAAGAUCAUCCGCGAGGCCUACAACAAGUACGUGACGGCCCACGGCCUGCCCAGCCCUGGCACGGGCACGGGCACGGGCACGGGCACUGGCGUGGCCACUGCCCCCACAGCCCCUGCUGUGGAGACCUUUUCCAAGGGACUGAGGCAGAGACUUACUGUUAAGCAAGGCCUGGUUACCUCUUAAGGCAAUGCUAAGACGUUGUUUUUUGUCUUUAAAGGUAGAGUAUGUAAAAUAUUUUUAUGCUGCCCUUUCACAAAUGUUUUUUCAUGAGUAUUUUGCCA